UGUGGGGAUACUUGCGGAGGGCGGUGGGGAUGGGCGGCUACGGCUACGGCGGCGAAGCGGAUCCCUUCCUGCCUCCGCAGCCGGGGUCGUCGGCAUACGUCGCGCCGCCGGGGGACCAUGGCCAGCCGCAGAUGCAGCCGGGGCCGCGCCCUCCGGGUUGCCCCUACUCGUCCAACGCCUCUGCCCCGCCGGCUUCCACGUCGUACCAUUCUAUGCCCCCGGCGGCGUCCCCUCCGCCGGUAAGCAGCCCGCCUCCGGCGUCCCCUCCGCCCGAGCCAUUGCCGUCACCUCCUCCAGCAUUGCCGCCGUCACUGCCUCCGCCGGCAUUGUCGCCUCCGCCACCGGAUGCCCCCCCUCCGUCGACGCCGCCGCCGUCCCCGUCCCCGUCGCCGCCUUCCAUAGAGGUGCAAGCGCCACCGCCACCGACGGCAGACGACCAGCCGCGCGUACAGCCACGUGUGUACCCUUCACCGCCCCCACCGUCGCUGCCCCCACCGCCUCCUGCAACCGUCUCGCCACCAUCUCCUCCUCCGAGCCCCACACCAUCGCCCUCGCCCGCUCCAGCUGCACAAGCUCCAUCACCAGCGCCAGUCGCACCCUACAGGGUGCCUCCUCCGCCAAGAAUCGUCUCUCCCCCACCGCCGCACCAUCACAACAAGCCACAUUAUGCGCCGCCACGCUCGCCUGCGAGGCAUUCAAAUUCGACCCACGCACCAAGUGGCGUCGGCAAGAACAUUGAGAUAUCGAGGGAAACAGCCACCACCAUUGUAGCAAUUGCUGGUCUUGCAAUGCUAAGCUUUAUUGGUGCCACCAUUUGGUUCGUCAAGAAGAAGCGACGGCGGACAGAGCCCCCUUCAGCACUGCCCACACAGCAACAAGCUCCACCACCACCACCACCCAAUUACAUUCCCUCAUCCGCUGGAUCAUCACUAGCAUCAGACGGAUUCUACUUACGGUCACCGGGGUAUCCAUUCAUGAGGUCCAGUACUGGGAGCCACGGUUUCCCAUACUCACCUGCUGACUCCGGGAUAGGGUACUCAAGGAUGCUCUUCACGCCAGAGAAUUUGUCAGCAAUCUCAAAUGACUUUGCAGAGGAGAACCUUUUGGGAGAAGGCGGAUUUGGCUGUGUGUACAAGGGCAUCUUACCAGAUGGUCGCCCGGUGGCUAUCAAGAAGCUCAAGAUUGGGAAUGGGCAGGGGGAGCGUGAGUUCAGGGCUGAAGUUGAUACCAUCAGCAGAGUACAUCAUAGGCAUUUGGUUUCACUAGUAGGUUACUGCACAGCAGAGGGCCAGCGGAUGCUUGUUUAUGAUUUUGUUCCCAACAACACCCUUUAUUACCAUCUCCAUGUAAAUGAAGUAGCACUUGAUUGGCAAACAAGGGUUAAGAUUGCAGCUGGAGCAGCUCGUGGCAUUGCUUACCUUCAUGAAGAUUGUCAUCCUCGGAUUAUACAUAGAGAUAUUAAAUCAUCUAAUAUUUUAUUAGAUAACAACUUCGAAGCUCAGGUUUCUGAUUUUGGACUUGCAAGGUUAGCGGCUGAUUCCAACACACAUGUCAGUACACGUGUCAUGGGAACAUUUGGGUAUUUGGCUCCAGAAUAUGCAUUGUCUGGCAAGUUGACAGCAAAAUCGGAUUUAUAUUCUUUCGGUGUUGUUCUUUUGGAGCUUAUUACAGGAAGAAAACCUGUUGAUUCUUCUCAGCCGUUGGGAGAUGAGAGUCUUGUCGAAUGGGCCCGGCCCUUUCUCAUGCAAGCAAUUGAACAUCGAGACUUUGGGGACCUUCCUGAUCCAAGGAUGGAGCAGAAGUUUGAUGAAAAUGAGAUGUAUCAUAUGAUAGGAGCCGCAGCAGCAUGCAUUCGUCAUUCUGCAGUGAUGAGACCUCGAAUGGGGCAGGUGGUUAGAGCGCUGGAUAGUUUAGCGGACUCAAACCUGAACAAUGGCCUUCAACCAGGCCGCAGCGAAGUAUUCUUAGAACCGAGGACCGAAGAGAUUAGAUUGUUCCAGCUGAGAGAAUUUGGCAGCCGGGAAUGUAGCGAUGAGUUGAGCCAAGCUAGCUGGAGAAGUCGGAGAGAUUUGUAAACAGCACCGGUACAAGAUCAUUAACAUUUUUUGGUCAUUCUUUACAUGUAAUUAUCUCUUUUACAUGAUUUUCUUUCUUUCUUUUCUCUGAGGCAAUUCUUGUUCUCCCCGGAGUAAAUUUUGCAUUCUUUCUGGAGAUAAGUAAAUCCCUUCUUUUUUGGUCAGUGAAGAAUAUACAGAAAGUUUGGCCCCUGCGUCAUUCCAAGAGAAGAAUAACUGUAUUAUGUUUUCUGCUUUUUGGGCAGGCCAGAUUGCUGCCCUUGCACUGCAAGUUUUAAGGCCGUAGAGGAUCAGUGGUUGACUCAGGCCUUGUAUUAAGCACAAGUACAAUCAUGAUUGGCACAUGUUCGCAGUGUUUA